AUGGCUACGACCGCGACCCUACCCGCGCAGGCUUCAUCCUCCUCUCCCCCCUCUGACAAGUACAGGGGCGCAGUCGUCGAGGACCUGCAACUGGCUCCGGCGUUCGCCCUACCGGCCAGUGAGGCCAUCUCACGCGCGAUAGAGAUGGCGUACGAGCGCGACUUCUCGCACAUCCCCGUGCUGGACCGCAACCGGAAGCUGCUCGGGUACAUCGACGUCGCCGCGCUGAAGGCGAAGUGGGAAGCCGGGAAUUCGAACCCGACCCGCGUUCACAAGGACGAUAAGGUGUCGCAGUACAUGACGAAGUUCAAGCGCACGGUCGGCACCCCGUACACCAUUAUUACGCCGUCGACGCCCCUGGCCGAGCUGGAAGACUUCUUGAAGCUCAAUCUUUUUGCUAUUGUGACGGAUUGGGACCGUAAAUUCGUGCUCGGUGUAGCGACGCCGCAGGAUCUGGAGAAAUUCGUCUCUCGCCGUGGGUUCUGA